UCAUGAACAAAAAUUUUUAUCAUUUUCUUUUUCCUAGCUUUACAACUUUAGUUAGUUCCCGCUUUUAUCUGAUACUCUUUAUUUACUCACACAGUCACACUGUCAUCAUAUGUAAACGCAGUUGUUGUUCAACUUCCAAUUUUCAAUCUCUCUCUUUCUCACUGCGUUAUUAUGGCAACGUCAGAAUUAAAAUUCCAAAUUUUUAUCAUUUUCUUGUAUAAUCAGACUAUUUAGAGCUGGACCAUGAUGUUGGCCGAGUGGUUAAGAUUGAGGUGCUGUCAACGAUAGAUAUUGGAGAUCCGAUUUUAGCUAAAGAUGGGCCACAAAGUAUGAUCCCAAUGCUUUUCAAACUAAAUCGUUGGCAAUGGUGGCUUUUGGUGGGACUCAAUAUAUUCUUCCUUGUAGCUGGACAAACAGCUGCUGUACUUUUAGGAAGGUUUUAUUAUGAUCAAGGCGGAUCUAGUACGUUGUUGGCCACCCUUGUACAAACUGCUGGGUUUCCUAUCCUUUUCAUCCCACUUAUAUUUCUUCCAGCUUCUCACCGUUCUCCAACCCCUUCCGAUGCACUUUCUGGAAAGUAUAUUUGCUUAAUUUAUAUUGCCUUGGGAAUAGUUCUGGCUGGUGACAAUUUACUAUAUUCUUAUGGACUGUUAUAUCUCUCUGCUUCGACAUAUUCUCUCAUUUGUGCUACCCAGUUAGCUUUUAAUGCUGUCUUUGCUUACUUCAUCAAUUCUCAGAAGUUCACCCCAUUGAUUCUUAAUGCUGUGGUCAUUCUUUCAUACUCUGCGGCUCUGCUAGGGGUUAAUGAGAGUUCCGAUAUGCCAGAAGGAGUGACCAAGUCACAGUAUGCAAUUGGAUUUAUGUGCACCCUUGCAGCUUCAGCUAUUUACUCACUUUUGCUUUCACUGAUGCAACUUACCUUUCAAAAGGCUCUGAAAAAGGAAACAUUUUCGGUUGUUUUAGAGAUGCAAAUCUACCCAUCAAUAGUUGCAAGUAUUGUUUCGGUUAUAGCACUAUUUGUAAGUGGGCAAUGGCGGACCUUGCAAGGAGAAAUGCACGGCUUUCACAUGGGGGAAGUUUCCUAUGUGAUGACUGUUGUCUGGACCGGUAUAUGUUGGCAGGUUUGCUCAGUUGGUGUGGUUGGCCUUAUCUUUUUGGUAUCUUCGCUGUUCUCGAAUGUCAUCAGUACAGUGGCUUUGGUUGUUGGUCCUAUUGCUUCUGUCAUAGCCUUCCACGAUAAGAUGAAUGGUGUCAAGAUUAUUGCUAUGCUUUCUGCACUCUGGGGAUUUGCUUCUUAUAUUUAUCAGAAUUACAUUGAUGAUUCUAGAUCAAAGGAAUUACGAAGACAAAUGGAGGCCAAUGAGACAAGGGUUGCUGCUUGCUAAUACUCUAAUUGUUCAUUAAGUUGCAAAGAGAUGAAAUAGCAUUAUUUUCUGUAGAGAGCAAAAUCCACUUUUUUAUUAGUUGAUAUCCUUAACUCAUUUUCAUAUAUUUUGCUAGGAAUGUAUUGUCUCCAUUAUCUUUGUUUUAUGUUCUUUUUUAACAUAUGAGGUAUAUGAAGUUCGGAUGAAAAAGAACUAAAAUGUAUACCAAUGAAACAUAAAGAAUUUAAGAGGCCCUAUAUUCCAGGGUUGAGACUUGAGGUCAAGUGUCCUUAUUGCAUUUUUCAUACAUGACAUACAAAGCUUCGGUCCUC